UUCGCAACAAUGAACCAAUGGGAGGAUUUUCUACCGUUUUUGAACAGGUGUUGAGAGGUGGUGUACCAUUAUAUUUCACAAUCUCUGCAAUGAAUUCAGCUGGUGCUGUAACCAAAAUUACCUGUGAAUUACCAACAUAUGAUGUAACGUUACCUGGUGGACGUGUGGUUCCCGAUUUCCUGUCAACAAGUCAUCCAAACAUUUUGAGGGCGUCAGCUGUGGCAUUGGAUGAUUCCGUUAUUGUAGAGGAGCAGGUAUCCGUUGGGUUUGGUUAUGAGAUAUACGGUUAUCAAUUAGUAGAUUGGACUGGCUUUGAUUCAGACAAAAUUAUUCAUGAUGUUGACAUCAGUAUUGAUGACCCACUUGGUACCAAGAGUUUGGAGUAUUUUGUUCCACCGCGAUUAGGACGAUUGAUGUCAACGUCUCACCCACACGACCUCUUACCUGUAUGCAACAAACUGUGCUAAAGACUGUCUAGCCCUCCCUCCCUCCAAGUGUCUUAGUUUUAAUUAUGAACUACGGUGAAAGCGGAUUGUGUGAGCUUUUAGAAGAAAUUG